AUGGGUCAUGUUGGACGAGUCCGUACUCGUAAUAUUAUCUCUCGGCGAUUCUUCUGGCGUAAGAUUGGUGCUACUGUUAGCAGAACCUUGCGAACAUGCACCACGUGUAUGCCAUUGAGAAAUCAACGACGUUAUCAGCCUACUGGAGGUUCAAAGAAGAUCACGGAGUUAGACGUAUGGCAGUAUUGUGCUGUUGAUGGUCUUGGCCCUCUGAAGAUCAGUGACCAUUGUCAGAAUGAUGAUGAUGGAUCUAAUCCUAAUAAACGACUAGCUACAGUCAGGCUGAUCGUGAUUAGCGACCUUGUCUCCGGGUUUUGUGAUGCUGAGUAUGUGCACUCCUUUGACAAGAACGACACCUGCCACUCUGUAUCAUCUAUUCUGUGGCGUCGUGGGUGGCCGGUGUACCUGCUUGCCGAUAACCAUAAGGGCUUUACCAAUCGUCAAUUUCGCAAGACCAUCCUUCAACACGGUACUAGGUUGCUAUUUAGUGGUCUAAAUAACCCUGCUAUGAACGGUGCCACUGAACGGGUCCAUGCAGUGUUGACGUACACGCUCAAGUGCUUGCUGAGAGGUCUCAAGCCUACAUUGUCAGCCUUCAACCUCAUACUGCAGAAGGCCUUACUCUUAGUGAAUGCUCGUCGAAGACUGGAUGCCUGUUGCUCCCCCUUCUAUCUUCUCCAUUGUCGUGAACCUCGAGUUCCUGGCCUUCCUGAUCCUGAACAUGGUGAUGCCGGCAAGGCCGUGGUAAGCUGCACAAAUGCUGAUGCUGUGGACAAUCAACCGGUUGAGGUUACUAAUGCCGCUCGUCGUCAAUUACUGCGUCAGUCCAGGCUACGAGAGGUUAUCGAAGCCUACGAGAAGAAUCGGGAGUCCCGACGCCUUAGAGGACGAGGAUCUCCUCUAUCGUCAACAUCCUCUUUUAAUCCCGGUGAUAAGGUUUACGUGUUCACUCGUAAAUCCUCCAAAAUGUCUGAUAAUUAUCGAGGGCCCUAUAUUGUCCAAGUUGCUACAGCUCAUACCCUGGUAGUCAAAACUCCCAACGGUUUUGAGGUGCAUUCUACCAACAAUUGUAAGCUGUGUUCCACUGUUGAUGAGCAGAGGAGCAGCUUUACUCCGCUAUUUACGGACAUUGCGGAUAAUGAUGUCGAGGGAUUCAUGAAGAAGGUCAUACUGAUGAGGCGAGAUGAAGUUCACAGUCCCCAAGCUCUAUCUGAUGAUGCGAGAAUCACUCCACCUGCACUCACUACAUCCACUACUACGACACCAUCUCCUCCUGUGACUGUUUCGCCGACCGCAAGUGAUGGCCGAAGACCGGUCACUAGAAGUCAAACUGGUGCUAUCCCUAAGAAGAUAAUGAUGAGAACUGCGUUUGCUCCUUAA